CACAAGCCCUCCGAUCAAGAAGCUAAAGCUUGAUUCAUUAUCCCGUCAAUAAAUUUCUCUCCUUCAUUCUCUUAAUUUCUUUUUAGCUUCUUAACUUCGGUCUUAGCUUCUUUAUUUGCUCUGCUAAUAUAUUAUAUACAUCUCAUUUGAUCUCAAAGCUAAGUAUCGAACAUAUAUAGUGUUAUUAGGCGGCCAUGGCGGCAGCGAAGCUCCUACUCCGCAGCUUUUCAUCAUCUCUUGUGCUCUUUAUUUAUUAUACUCUUAUCCUCUCCCUUCUAGUCCGGCCAAACUGCGCAAACAAUCAUCUGUCGGAGAAUUUCUACUGCCAAACAUGCCCUAACGCGCUCUCCAUCAUCAAAACCGCUGUCAUCAAAGCCGUGAAGGCAGAGCCUAGAAUGGCCGCGUCUUUGCUUCGCCUUCACUUCCACGACUGCUUUGUUAAUGGUUGUGAUGCGUCGAUCUUGCUGGACGACACGCCGAGUUUCAUCGGAGAACAAACGGCGGCUCCGAAUAACAACUCAAUCAGGGGACUCGAUGUGAUAGACAACAUCAAAGCCAAGUUGGAGAGUUCUUGUCAGGCUAUUGUGUCUUGUGCUGAUAUCAUUGCCGUUGCUGCUAGAGACUCUGUUGUCGCCAUAGGGGGGCCAAGCUGGAAUGUGGUACUGGGUAGAAGGGACUCAACCACUGCAAGUCAAUCAGCGGCCAACAACAACAUCCCCGGACCACAGUUCUCUCUAAACCAGCUCCUCUCCCUCUUCUCCAAAAAGGGUUUUACUGCCAGGGAAAUGGUCGCCCUCUCAGGAGGGCACACGAUUGGAAAGGCGAGGUGCACAAACUUCCGAAGCCGGAUCUACAACGACCGAGACAUCGACGGCCCAUUCGCUUCCUCCCUGCAGGCCAAGUGUCCGAGAACCGGGGGCGACAACAACCUCGUACCCAUGGACCCCACCCCGACCUCCUUCGACAAUGCCUACUUCAAGGACUUGCAGGCUCGGAAGGGGCUGUUCCACUCCGACCAGCAGCUGUUCCAUGGCGGGUCCACCGACUCCGUCGUCAAUGCCUACGCCGCCAAUCCGGCCUCCUUCGCCGGAGACUUCGCCCGGGCCAUGGUGAAAAUGGGAAAGCUCGGCCCGCUCACCGGGACCAAAGGCGAGAUCAGAAAGAACUGCGGUAAAAUCAACUAAAAUGUGUACAUGUAUGUGUCUCCUAUACUAGCUAUUCACUAGCUGGCUACCUAGUACGUAGUAGCUGUAGCACUAUAUAUAUAUAUAUGUAUGGGAUGAUUUUGUGUUUAAAGAUAAAAGUGUCAAUAAAGGAGCACUCAAUUCAAUAUGGGCGAUGAGAUGUCUAUCAAACAAGCUAAGGUUAAUUGAAACUUGGAGUUUGGUACACAUUUUGGAACAGCUAAGCCGGGCGCGAGCUGACCUGAUGAUUGCCGGGAGUGGUGUGCAUUGGUGUUAUGGAUUAGUUCCCAUACAUAGCCAAAUGUGAUUAUGUACUUCUUUUCUCUUCAUUUCCUAUCUCUCUUUUACUUUUUGAUUCAUUUCAGUUUUUGAGUGUAUUCUAUAUCUCCCUAAGAGUAGUUACUUAUAAAUUAAACUCUGUUGUUGUGAGGAUUAAUUAGGAGUGUGAAUAUACUUCAAUAUUUGUUUCCUUGUGUUGAUAUUAUUCUCUUUCCUUGUAUAGUUUGUUUCCUAGUCGGACAAGAGUUCCGAGCCUGUGGGUUCCUA